GAACUGGUCGUCGCGCGGCGCGCCACAGGGACGGGUGAACAAUGUAAACAAAUGGUGUAGUAUUGUAGUUGCAACCAGAAACAAAUCCAGCACUCACCAGUCAGCACCUACCAAGUCAUCACUCCUGCAACACCGUGAGGCUGAAGGGCAUAAUGGCCUCAUUACUCCCAUCAGAGGUGGCGCGACUUGUAUUAGGAUAUCUGGAGGAAAAUGGCUGCCAGAAAUCAUCAGAGAAGCUAUUAGAAGAAUUAGCUGAGCUGUCUGAAUUUGUCAAGUUGAAGAGAAAAGGGCGGCGGGUGGCCACACGCAUCGGGAAUCAGUCUUUGGAGGACAUGCUGAUGGACUACUCUGCCGCUAAGGAUCUUAUGAUGGAGAGUGUGAGGAACAACUCUGCCACCCUCAGGAGUGUCCCCAAGUCUGGUGGGCUCCUGUGUCAAGUUAAGGCUUUGAUAUCUAUUAUCCUGAAAAACAAAUUUAUAAUCAAGAAGCAAAAGGGAUCCAUUGGGACAGCAAGGAGAGUGAAGCAGCGUUGCCGCACCCUUAUGCUACAGAGAGACUCCCAGCUACAACAAAGCACUGUAAGUGCAGACUCGCUGGAGAGCUUGCCCUGCUCACAAGACCAAGACACAGACCACACAGAGCACCUGAGUGAUCGCUGCCCGGAAAAGGGCCCAUGCAGCAGCCAUGGUCACUCUUCUGGCCAGCUCUCCAACUCUGCCCAGGCUGACCAUAUUGCUCAUGAUGUGGAGGAUGUGAGGCAGGAUUCCCUGGGUGGGGACUCAACAUCUGCUUCUUUAACUCAUGAUCUGGACAUCAGUCACCAAAGGAGGAAGGGUACUGUCAAGAGAAGGAGCCAUGGGUGUGAAGUGACACCCACCAAGAUGAGUCCUGUCCUGGAUACUGAAGCCAAUUUUGAGAAAAUCCUGAAGAAUCUGUACGAAAACACAGCUCUUCAUGAGAAGAUAGCGGAGAGCAUCAACCGUGGGCUGAGCACCCAGUGCAAGGCAGGCUCAUCCCACAGUGAAGGAAGCAGCCACAGUAGUGGUUCACCCUGCAGCAAGAAGGUCAGGGACACUGGCAGUGGGGGCAGCAGCAGCAGCAGCAGCAACACUGAAGAGGGAAGAGAGAAGCAUCAUGGAUCUGUGGAUGAGGUGGCUGGGAACAACAGUGGAGAUGUGGCAUUGCUCAAGGAGUUUGACCACAUUGUCACCGGCAUUGUCUCUGAGGCCACAUCCGACCCGGUGUUUGAGAACCUCAUUGAUGAAGUGUUUGGUUGCAUCUCACCACAGUCCAGCAGUUCUAAAGGUGAUGGAUCAAAUAAUUCUAACCAAGGAAAUUUACAUGAUAAUUCCAUUGGACCUCCAAGACUUCUAUCCACUCCAGUUCCUCCUCCACCAAGCAGUGCUGUGUCAUCCCACUCAGUCCUUCACAUCCCCCAGACUUUACCCCUCCAUCCAUCAUCUGUGUCCCCAGUCAUGACCCAACAGUCUCCACUACAUAACCUCUCCACGCCACACCACCACACAUCUCCACUUAGUGUCCCUCCUCACCUUGCUUCAUCUGGUACUCCCCUGUCAUCAUUCACUUCCUUGCCUCUCUCAGCUCCCAGUCCCUGCAAAUCAUUUCCUGAAUCAACACCAAAGAAAACUGAGGAUGUGUGGAUAAACAAGAGUUUGCCCUAUGAGAACAGUCCAUCAGCUAAGAGUGUCAAGAGCCCAAGCACAGACAGUUUAAGAGAUGCCAUGCAAGAGUCAUUACAGAACAAUGCCUCAGUAAACAACACUAAAGAAUCUACAGUGGAUUCUUGGUCCUCAUCCCUUAGGAUGGAGACAGGAGAUGCUAGUGUGACAAAGCAUAACAUUGGUGAGGCUUCAGUAAGCUGUGGCACAGAAUCUCCCUCACAGAAGGAAGGCUGUGAGAGGACCAGAGCAACCCCACCUUCACCCACAGCCAGAACCAGGUCACGCAGAAAGAAAAAACUCAAGUGUAGUUCUAGUGCUAAAAGUGGAAAAGAAGAAGACAAGAACUUAGGAGAACAAUUACUCAAAGAAUUUGCAGAUUUUCAGUCCUCUAGACCAGAUAAAAUUUGUGUUGAGAAAAAAAGUGAUGCUGACAAAAAUACAGACAGAUGUGAGGCGCCUGAUGAAACUGAAGUACAAUCCCUCGACUUGCCAGCAGAGGAGGGAAAGACCACAGGUAAUAUAAGUAGUAGUGAUCCUCUACAGAGGCUGAGUGAAGAGUCUACACUCACCAUUGAUGCUGGACAAGAAACACACUCACCAGGACCCUCAAACACCAGUGAGAAUGAGGCAGUUGUGAUGAGCGAAGUUAAUGAAAAUGUUAUUGCAGUUGAUAAAGACCAAAUUGACAAAGGCACAGUGGAAAUGGAAAGAAUAGAGUGCAAUUCAAAACCAGGCAGCACUCCACUGAGCUCUGAGGCUUUGUCUGCUGCUCCUUACACCAGUGACAGUAAUGUAGACAAGACUGAAGAGAAAACAAAAUAUGAAAAUGAAAGCAGUAUGAUGGCACUAGACUCAGUAAGCCGAUUACCAAUAAGAAGCAGCACCAUACCAGGCAUUGGAAACCCCACAUCAUCACCAGAGGACAACACAUACACCCUCACAGAACUGACUCCUGUCAACCCCAUAGAUUUGACAUCAAUAGUAUCAUCUUUAUCUCUAUGUGAAGCUGAUGACCCUCAUGUGGAAUACUCACACAGAGAACUUGCCACUACAUCAGGUGAUCCUCAGCCCUCCAUAUCAUCAGAGGUCCACAGUUCCAAUGUCUGGGACCACUCAACACAGGUCACUCCAAUUGGCCAUGUCCAGGAGGGUACCAGUGAUGGGGACGAAGGGGAGGAAGCGUCCCAAGGGUUUACUAUCAUUCUGCCUCCCGUUUCAAGCAGGAAAGAAGCUGAUGAGCAGUUCCUGUCAAUAUUUGGUGGAUGUGAAGCUCCCUCGAGUGAAGUGGUCACCCUUCCUCUCUCCACUGUUGAAAAUACUCUGGUUCCUCCUGACCAUGAUGACACUUCAGAUGAAUCCACCAAGAAGAGAAAGAACUCCUUAUUAUUAUUCAAAGUAAAUAGUGGACUUGUUACUAUUGCUCCAAAGACUGUGUCCGCCAGCUCGCUGCCACCCGACUCAGUGAAACAAAUACCUGCAAAGAAUAUCGCUACAUACACCCUGCCAAACAGCGUGACUAUUUCCAUACCAGAUAUCACGUCAGACACUGAAGUUACUGAGAAAGUGCCUAAGAAGAGAAAACGAAAAACCACUUUGAAAAAGAAAGGAAGUGCAACAAAGAAACUCAAAGAGACACACAAGAGUGCCAAAACAACUGUCAGGAAGAAGCGGUACGGAAGGAUAAUAGAUGUGUCUGUGAGGAAGGUGUCAGCAAGGGGGAAGAGACGCAUCAGCAACCAGAAGCAGGAGAAGGUAGAGAAAGACGUGACCAAUGAUAUCAUAGGGACAGCUCUCUCAUUUGCUCUGAAAUCAGUAACUCCAGAGAAGAAGUUUUCUGCAGAAACAUCCAGUAGAAAAACUCCCCCUGAUGCUGCAGUGGAUCUAGAGGCUGAGGUGGAGAAUGCAGCAGUUGAAGGUGCAGCUGACAUGUUGGGAGUAGCUACUGUAUGUCCUGGUACUAGUGCUUCCAUUACUGAAACCUGUGGUGGUGUGGUGGAGAAACAGACUGUUGAGAUGCAGAGCACCAACAAGCAGGCAUCCAUCAAGUACAACUCUGGCAGGUCACCUCAAUUGAAAGCCUUGUUGCAUCUCUCAAAAAGCAUUUCCCCAGCAAAGAGAGCAUUAGCCUGGAAGAAUGUGACCCAGUCUGAGGAAAGCCCGGUUAUUCGAGUCCUUCACAUGCGGGGCAGCCAGAGCACUCCAAGCCGCAAGAACAGCCACAUCAGGGUUCUGGACUUCAGCACACCACAGAAAAGGUUAACAUCUGCAGGGUCACCCCGAAGAGGUGUUGCCAACUUGAAGUUUUCACCACCAGAAGGCAAGAAGUCCCCUAGAAAGUUAACCAAAGCACUGCGGUCACUGUCAAGGAAGUUUGGUGAGCGUUCAUCAGUGCCAUCAAAGCCCUUGAGUAGGAUUGUUGAGGAGAGUGAAAUGGGAUCAGAAGCUGCUGAGGCACAACCUGCUCCAGGGGAACAAGGAAAGGCAAAAUCAAGAAAGCUGUUAGCCAAAGAUUCACGUGACUCUUCCACUUUGAAACAUGAGAAGAGUGACCUUAAGAGCAAAGUCAAGCCAAGGUGGUCCAGGCAAAGUUCCAUGAGUGAGUCAGAAUUUUCUGUUGACACAAGUAAAGCUCCCAUAAUGAUGACAGAGGAUGAGGACAGCAUUGUGUUGUACCUUGAUGGGGAGGACAGCAUGAGCUCCAGCGGGAGAACACCCCCCACAGACAGCGGCAGUAUAGAGCUGUUUGACCUCUCCAAAGAGCAAGAGAGCUAUCAGGAUUUCAACUUCAAUACAGCACUCAAAAACCUGAAUCCUGACUCCAUUUCUGAGGAUGAGCUGCCUUGCCUUAUGGAUCCCUUGCCCUCCUCCAGUACCAGCAGCCACUCAGGAGGGAAGCAGAUGGAGACGCCACACAAAGCAGCACAGGCCAGCUCAUCCUUAGCCACCAUGACCCCUGUAUGCCUCGAGCCACCCACUCCAUUAUUACAGACAGAGCAGAAAUCUACCUCUCUUCCUUGUGAUGACCUGAACACUCCAAUCCCUCAGGUUAUCCCUAACUUGAACAAGACUCCACUCAUCAAACAUUACCCGCAGGGGCCUUACUCCAACAGCUCAGUAGGCACCUCUUACUACAUGCCUUCAGAGCGGUCCCUGACUGAAUCUGAGGAUUACUCUCCUUCUAAACUAGACACGGUUUUGGAGAAAACAUUAAGUGAGGAACUGCAUUCUCCCAGCGCCUUGGAUCAGAGUGAUGCUGAUGUAGGAGCUGCAGAAUUGAAUAAGACAUCAUAUUAUAAUGGCUCAGCUAGUGAUAAGAGUCCUGUUAAGAGGAGUCCACUUCAUAAUGCUAAAAAGAGUCCAACCAAACUAUCCAGGAAAGUGAUGGGGCAGAUGAUAGAGCGAGAAAUGUCCAGGCUCUUCUCAAGCCAAGAUUCCAGCGGCUCACUAAAAGAAACCAGCCAAGACUCUGCUGCUGAAGUGUCAAAUGAUUCCACUUCUAAAGACUCUUCAAAAGGUAAGCAAGGAAAGAAGAGGAGAGUGCCAUCAAAGAAGUACCUGAAUAUUGCUGAGUCAACCUGUUCUGAGGAUGAAGGUGAGUGCAAUAGUGACAGCAUGUCAGCAUCUCGGAAACACAAAAAGACCACAAGAAAAUCUGGUGCAAGUAAUCAUAAUACAACAGCAGACAAAUUUGACAAGGCAGAUAACAUGAGAAAGACUCAAAAAGGGAAAGUCACCUUAUCUUCUCCAGAUAUCUCAAAAGCAAAAAAGAACUCUGUGUUGUCUACAGGAAGAUUAGAUUCAGAGGAGCACUCUAUGAAACCAGUGAAGGCAGGUGACAAGCAUUCCCAUGGCAGCCAAAACCAACUAUCUCAAAAACAAGACCCAUCAGAUUCAGAGAACAGCUCAUGUCACUCACCAGAGAGGAAAAUUACAAGUGACAAAGAAAUGGAGCAAGAAAACUCUGUGGUAAACCCAAAAUCAUUGUUAGAAUUAUUUGGCUUUUGUUCUUCAUCAGAUAGCAGUAAUGAGUCACUAAAGGAAAGAACAACACCAACAGUGGAACUAAUACCCGCUUGCAUAGGUGGAAAGGAAGAUGAUACAAUGUCAACAGGCAUGCUUAACUCAGAAAAUGAAUUUACCUUUGAGAGUCCCACCAAAAAGAGGAAGAGAUCCACAUCAAGUGAAAAUGUAUCAAGUAAAUCAUCAGUUCUAGAAGAUGAUAAACAGAACAUGGCCACUUUGAGGAGAAGCCAGCGAUCAACAAGAGCUAGAGGAGUAGCAAAGUACCAAGCAGAACCAGGCUCCUCAAGAGGAGUCAAGAGGGGCCGGGGGAAUGCACGGCAAAGAAUUCCAAGGGGCAGGGGCAGGAGGAGUGGAGACUUACAUGUGGAGGAGGUGAUCAUAGAGGCUGUUGUUGAAACUCCUCCAUCUCAGCAUUCAAGAGAACCUCAUGAUGGUGAAGCAGCACAGGAAGAGAUUGCAGCUAAGAGAAAUGCAGGGAGGGGAAGCUUUGGUGCCCAGAGAGGCAGAGGCAGGGGAAGAGGGAGAGGAAGAGUGUCAGUCAGCGUAAGAGGCAGGAGUAGCAUGUCACCAGGCAGUGUCCAGCAUCCUGGGAAAGAACUGCAGGAAAAUGAGAAACAUUCAAGAACAACAAAGACAUCAAAGAACUCUAUGAAAGUAGAGAAGCAAGCAAGCAUUCAGCAAGAAAAUGAAGAACAAGAUAGGAAGGGACUGAAGGGACAGCAGUCUUCCAAGGAACCUUUCUCCCGCUGGGGUAGUGGCAUGAGGAUUCCUGAAUUAAAGAGACCAGGGAGCUCACCACCAGUAUCAGCAGAUGCCUUGAAGGCUCAUUGGGCAAGUAAGCUAAAGGAACUUUGUAAUGAUAAGGAUGUCAGCAGCACACCCACAGGAGAGGAAGGUGCAAAGAAGCCAUGUGUAUCAGCUGUUGAGACUCGCCCAGCCCAGGAGAACUGUAUUACAUUACUCGGAAGUGAUAGUGAAGAUGAUCUGCCGUGUUUAAUGGCUUCAAAGCCAUCCCAAAGGGAGAGUAAUAUUACACCUGCAAGGGAGGAAAACACCAUGCACUCAGGAGAUAAAGCCUCAAGAAAGCAGCCUCGUGCACCAUCCUCCAAGGCUUCCCAGUGCCAGAACACCACAUCUGUGCAGGAGAAAGGUACACAGAAGAAGCAGCAGCAGCAAAUCAAGGGUGGUGUGCAUAAGCACUCACUGUCUCAAGGCUGUGCCAGGACAGUUGUCUAUGAUUGGAAACAAUCCAACUUUUCCCUCCAUCAGUUUAUAGAGAUGGGAAAUGUGGGCCAAGUAAUCAAUGUUACUUCGUUAUUUUCCAAGAAAAGGAAAAUUGGCAGAAAUAGUCCUGCGGCAACCUCAGAACCUUCAGCAAAACGGACAUCCUUUGCAAGAAUUCCAGAUGUUGCAGGGGGACAGACGAGCACCUCAAGAUCCUCAGCACAGCAGAACAGUGCCACAAAAAGUGCUCCACAACUUUUAUCACAACACAGAAGUAACACUCCAAAGAUUACCCAGAAAUUUUCUGGGGAAGGAAAAAGCAACACCCAGAAGAGCACUCAGAAACUUUCAGCAGAAAUGGAACAUAAUACUCAGGAAAAUACCCAAAAUUCUUCAGGGAAAGAGAACAGUAGUAAUCCAGAGAAUACAGUAAAACUUGCUGAGAAAGAGAAGAACAGUAUUGUAAAAAAUACUCCAAACCAUUCAACUGGAGACGAACUUGUUCCCAGAAAUACCCCAGACAGCUCCUCUGCAACUGCCUCACAACUCUUGGAGGGAGAGAAAGGUAGCACCUCUAAAAGUAGAAUCCAAUCCCUUGAUGGUGAAGGGAGUUCCUGUACUAAAUGCUCACCCUCUUCCUCAUCAACAGCUUUUGACACACUCCUUCCUAAGAAUACAGCAGAUACUGUCUCCUCUGGAAGCAAGAAGGUCUCAUCUAGUAAUUCCAUGCUUCAUUCUCAGGCAGCACCUAAAGAAAACAGUGGUAGCAGACCUGCACAGAAGGCCUCAGACAGUGCUGACAUGGUGCCAACUCAGCCUUCUCAUCACACAGAUAGGAUGGCAGCCACUCACACAUCUUCCACUCUCUCAACACCUCUCCCUCAUGCACCUCAAAAAGAAAGUGGAAUUGAACAGAAUUGUAGUGAUGCCAUCCAGAAAGUGAGCAAAAAUAGAAAACUUUCAUCCAAGCCUCCCAAUGGUGAGGACUCCUGUAAAAAGGUUGAUGCUUCAAAUUCCCACAUGAAUGAGAAGGAAUACUGCAGUGCUUCUCCAAAGUCAGCAGAAAGUUACAGUGACUUGGAGGAAACAUCUGAAGAGCACUGCCUCAUGUCCUACACCAUGUUGCCUCCCACACCAGAGAAAAAAAUGGGAAGAAUCUGUCACACUAUGGUUAAGGAAGGGAAGGCCAUGGUUGCCUUUCCUUCACCAUCAAAACCAUAUCCAUCACCUGAACAAGCACUCCCUCAAAGCACUAAACCUAAGACACAGCUCAGGGACCAGUUGGGCUCCCCAGACAGCAGUGCAAGGCGUUGUUUAGACUUGAGCAGUGUUUGUCAUCCUCCAGGUUUAGUUUCUACUCAAAACAAACUAAACCAAUCACUUCAAGGGAAGCCUAAAGCAGAAGUUAAUUCACAAUUGUCUUCUGGUAAAGCAGAUGCCCUUCAAGAAAAUAAUGGAGAUCUACUGAGAGAAAAGACUGUAACUACCGAUGAAAUUCAUUUGAAAGUGGGUAAAGAAACCAGUUUGGAUAAAGAUGGCACUGUUAGUCAAGGAAACAUGCAAGGAGAGGAAAGAUCCCACCUUUCAGGUACUCCUCAAAGUAUAAGGAAAGAGGAUUCUAGAUGUGAGACUCACACAAACUUAGAGCAGCCAAGCACAAGAUCUAACAUGACCUCCAACACAAGUGAGUCAUCCAGAAAACAGACCCCAACAGAUUUCAAACACUUUUCCACCAUCUCUCAGCAGCAUCCCGAGACAGACAAGAACCAAGGCAGUGAACCACUCAGGGAAGAUGACUGUGAGGAGAAGAUGGAGGAGGAGGAAGACAGUGAUGUUCUGAAGAUUGAGGAACCCUCAGAAAAUGAGAAUGAGGAGAUAGAAGAAGUGAUAUGCACACUGAGCCUGACAUUAACAGAUUUCAUUGAUAUUUUCUCAAUGAAUGUACCAGAAAGACAAAAGCCAAAAACAAAGAGACCCACAAUGCUGGCAACAAAACAGAACAAACAAGCAAGAAAAAACUUAUCCCCAAGAAAGAAAACUGAGAGCCCCAGCCAGAAGUCUUCUCCACAGCACCGCACAGCACCACACACACCCAGGAAGAACAAAUCACCCCAAAGGAAGAGAACCAGUGGGAGCUCAGCUGGGACACACACACCUUUAGAGGACCAGCACCACAUGAAGGAAGCAAAGAGAGUCAGCACUGUGAGGGAUGACAGUAAUAGUUACCCCACCAUGCAGUCACUCUCUACUCCUUCCCCAAGGCUGCCUAGAGACACUGACACACAUUCAGGGUCUCAGGAAAGGAGGCAAGAGUACGGCUGUUAUGCAGGGAGGAGUAAACCAGCAGAUCGGAUUGAGGAAAGCAAUACCUCCACCAAGAAGCGAAGGAGAAUCACGCCAAUAAGGAUAGGAGAUGUGGAGCGGCACAUAAAGGGGCCUAAGGGAUCCUGGGGUGACGCAGUGACCUCUAAGAAAUCUCACUGGGCCCAGAACAGAGUGAACACAGGAGGAGGCCACCAGGAGAUGACAGAGAGAAGAGAAAGCAGCCUGACUCAACCAGAGAGACCAGGAGGAUGUCAAGGAAAUCUGAGUGAGCGUAGUGCCAGUUCCCUCUCCAGCCUCAGUCCUGGGUGCCUCUUGAUAUCUGAAUCUCCAAGGGGUGCUGACUCCUCCCCAGCACCCUGCCCAGACCUCAUAGCCCCCUCAGCACCCACCUUGGCCACACCUACCAAAAGUGAAUCUUUGUCAGCCUCAUCAUCCAGCUCUGCCUCGAAGCUCUUCCUAAACUCCAGGGCAGGGAAGCAACAGACUAGUGGAGACGCAUACUACAUUGAGUCAGAAACAUCACGAGAACCAGAAGAGGACCAUUGCUUGGGAAAGCAGCGAAGGGUGCGGCACAUGGCUAAGGAGCUCCACCGAGGCGGCAACCUGGAGAUUGCCCGCAGCCCAGACAAGCAGCUGGCUGUUAUGAUGAGCCACCCACAGGAGGGAAUGAGUGUGUACAUGAGUGAGGAAAGCUUCCACAGUUUGUCCAGCACUCCUCCCACACCGGGCAAGCAUCUGUUUAUUCCUCCCCCACCAAUCCUUGCCUCAUCCUUCUCAAGUACCAGCAACAGCAGCAGCAGCAGCAGCAGCUUCUCUCACCCACAAGCUAAACAGGAACCUGCUAAUCUUCCACUGAAGAAACGAAAGGAUGUCACUAUUUCUGGCCAGAGAAUAGGUAAGAGACCCAAAGAGAUGUGACCUUGUGACCUAGCAACUCUGCCAAGAUGUCCUAAUGCAGCAUGGCAAGGGUAAUUCACAAAAAAACACUAAAGCUAGCAUCAUUAACAAGAUCUUCAAUCCGUUCCAUGGCAGUGAAUAACAGACGUUUAUACAGCAGUGGAAAGCUGCCAAGGAUUAUACCUCAGAGUGAUAGUGUGAUGUGAAGCUGAAUUCUGUGAUUAUAUGUCAUAGAUUCCAGACAAGACACAGUAGUCCCUUGGUGGGAUCUGUCUCUUUAAUCAUUGCCUACAUCCAAAAAACCUAAGAGAAUGACCAUUACAGAAAGGUUUCCAUUUAUUGUGAUUUUGUCUUUCAUUUAGAAAACCAGAAGCAAGAAAGUUACCCCAUAGAAAAGUUUGCUCAAAUUUGUGGGAAGAAAUCUAAUGUUGCCAACAUGUGAAGUUAGGGACGACUGCCUGGUGAUGCUUCAGACUGACUGACUGGUUGGUUUGUGGAGUGAAAGGGAGAUCCAAGCCAGUUCAUGGCUGCCAUUCCCUCACUAGCAUCCUCCACACCCUUCAGGCUGCAGCAACCCAAGAGUGAAGGAAUGCAAUUCAGACACCCCUCAUGACAGACAGCAGCAGAAGUGACAAGUUCCUGCGCUGUGUGUCAGUCACAUGCACUGUGGCUCAGUGAUGAGUGAGAGCCUCAGCCUCCUGGUACAGGGAAUGGGUUCACUUACAACUCAGUGGUGAUAGGCAUGGUUGUUUUGUAAUAACUCGAUGACUGAACAGCUUGGCUGUUUUUUUUCUGAUUAGACAGGGAUUGUUUGUACAAAGGGUAUCUUUAGUUUUAAUAGAAGUAUUUUAUUAUUUUUCAAGAAUACUUGCAGUAUAAUUUGAGACAUGUAUUGUCUCAGGAGUUGAAGGUAUGAGGCAUUUGUAAGAUUAUCAAGGAUUUAGAUCUGUCAUUUUCUUUUCGUUUCAUAUCUGGUUUUGAAACAAUUUUUUUACCAAAGUUUAAAGUUACUGAACCUUAGUUAAGUUGCAACAGUAUUUUUAAUAACUAACAUGCAUGUAGAAUUUUAGAAGUUGGGAAUCCUUCAUCUGGAAUGCUUAGGACUGGAAGUAUUCCAGAUUUCAUAUUUUUCUAAAUUUUGGAAUAAAUGCACAUGCCUAUGUUUAGACAGGAUUACAUUCAGAGAAGGUUCGUAUGUAUAUAUUCAAGGUAACAUAAAGGAAUGAUUCCACAACUACAGACCUGACCCCGUGACCUUUCUGAACAGCAGAGUGUAUUCUGGUAGGUGAUACUGAUCAGGUUAUUACAUAUUACCUGGCUGAACUCUUUUGUAUUGAUUUUGUAUCUUAUAGUUAGCUAUAGAACCUUAAGGUGCUCUGCCAUACAAAGAUUAUUUUUAUACUGAGAGAUGUAAAGAUAUGUGUAUAUUUUGUAACUUAUCCUCUUUGUAAGUAAAUUGAGGGUCUCUGCUACAGCAGGGUGUGUGUGUGUGUGUGUGUGUGUGUGUGUGUGUGUGUGUGUGUGUGUGUGUGUGUGUGUGUGUGUGUGUGUGUGUGUGUGUGUGUGUGUGUGUGUGUGUGUUCAGUCUUGCCAUCCCAUAUGAUGUGGCUCAUAAAUUUGCUUUGAGGGGGACUUGCAAAGUUCAUGCCUCAUUGCUGAAAAUUAUAAAAACCAGUUUUGUGCUGCAAGUGUUCAUUUUCAAUAUACUAUUUUCACAAAGUCAAUUAGCUUUGUUACAUUCAAGAGCUUUAAUAAUUGUACAAUUCUUUUGGGUGUGGGAUUUUAUUUGUUGAAAGCUUUGAAAAAAAAUUUUAUUAUUAAUCUUUUUUCUUUUUUUAUUAAUGUAAUCAAAUGUUUUAAAUAAUUUGAGAUUAUAAAUACUUAAAGUCUUGCAGGACCACAGCACAUCAGUCAUUUUUAGCUACUGUAUCUUUUUCCUGCUACUGUUACUGGUCUUCAUCUGAUACAGUUUAUCUUUGUUUUUUUAGGGAAAGUUUACAUGAAAAAUUUCAGUGAAUCCAUUGCAUUACAUACACAUCAGCUUGGGAGUGUGUAUAUGUGUGUGUACAACGGCUACUACCUUGGCGUCCUGUGCCCCCAUCAUGCUUGCAUUAUCUGGAGGACUUAAUUCCUAAGUAAAGUAAGGCAUCUAGUUGUCUGGUGGUCAGGUAAAGCUGUUAUGCACUGGUGUUUUGUUUGAUACUUUUAUAAAAUCAUUUUAUUAAAAUUGCCUUAGUA